UUCAACUCACUUCCCAUUUUCUCUCAGUAGGAGUUGGAAGCACUCACUCCUCUUUGUUGCACUUUACAUUAAAACAAAGGGACUCAAACACACAGAGAGAGAAAUCUGAGUGAAUUUUUACGCACAGAAAAAUCUCUCUUUUCUUCUGAUUCUAUUUUUCCUCUGCAAAAAAGGAUUCCAUCAAAGAAUGGCCGAUGAACCUUCUCUCACUCGCUGGUCUUUUCUGGAUUUUAAAAUGUUUUAUGAUGCCAAGUUUGGGAGGAAGAGAUUACCUGAGCCGCAAGAUGGUCAAGCUGCUGAUACGCCCGUGUCCACCAGCACUUCUUCGAAUGUGUCCGCAAAACGGAACCAUUCUGUCAAGAACACUUCUGAUAUGGCUAUUUACGAGCAGUAUCGAAAUCGGGAUACCAACUUGAUGAACUCAAAUGGUCCGGUUGCUAAUGGAUUUGAUUCGAGACCGCAAAAGUCUCUGCUUCCUGAUUUUGAAACUGCUGAAAUGCGAGCUUUAGGAGAGAGUUUAAGUAGGGACAUUGUUCGUGGGAGUCCAGAUGUUAAGUGGGAAAGCAUCAAGGGAUUAGAGAAUGCCAAACGUUUACUUAAAGAGGCCGUUGUUAUGCCAAUAAAAUAUCCCAAGUACUUCACUGGUCUUCUUUCACCAUGGAAGGGUAUUCUCCUUUUUGGGCCCCCAGGGACAGGAAAGACAAUGCUGGCAAAGGCUGUUGCAACAGAAUGCAAGACUACAUUUUUCAAUAUUUCAGCAUCAUCUGUAGUCAGCAAAUGGCGUGGUGAUUCUGAGAAGUUAAUAAAAGUACUGUUUGACCUAGCAAGGCACCAUGCACCGUCUACCAUAUUUCUUGAUGAAAUUGAUGCAAUUAUAAGUCAGCGCGGUGGUGAAGGACGCAGUGAGCAUGAAGCAAGUAGGCGUUUGAAAACUGAGCUACUUAUACAGAUGGAUGGUUUGACGCGGUCAGAUGAGCUCGUGUUUGUUUUGGCUGCAACAAACCUCCCUUGGGAAUUGGAUGCAGCCAUGCUCCGUCGUCUUGAGAAGCGAAUCCUUGUACCUCUCCCAGAGCCAGAAGCAAGAAGAGCCAUGUUUGAAGAACUCCUGCCUGAACAGCGUGGCGAGGGGACUCUUCCUUAUGAUAUAUUAGUGGAAAAGUCAGAAGGUUACUCAGGUUCAGAUAUUCGAUUACUCUGCAAAGAAGCAGCAAUGCAGCCUUUGAGACGCCUAAUGACAGUCCUUGAAGAUAGGCAUGAACUGGUGCCUGACGAUGAGCUGCCGAAGGUUGGGCCGAUUACGCCGGAUGAUAUAGAAACUGCUUUGAAGAACACAAGACCAUCAGCUCAUUUACAUGCUCAUCGCUAUGAGAAGUUCAACACAGACUAUGGCAGCCAAAUACUCCAAUGACGGCACAUUGCUGUGAAGAUAUAGAGUUUAUUAAUUAUCAGAUACCUAUCAGUUUACGUAGGGCAGACUAGAAAUUUUUUUUGGCGCCCUUUUAAGUGUUUUCCGCGAGUCCAAUAUGGCCUUGAAUGUUUUUCAUUUGUUUGACCAGAUCUAUUACCCUUUUGCGGUCGGGGCUCAUUUUUCUCAGUUGAGGAUAAAAUGGUUGAAUCAAUCAUAGACGACUAUGAUAUGACAUUAUAUUUAAAUAUCUUAAUAAAAACUUCACUUCCAGGAA